UGAGGACUUGCAUCCAUACUUAUGAGAUUAGUCGCAUCAUUUGAUAAAACUAAGGCCGGGAAGUCACAAUGCCCAAACUGUUCCCUCAACCUGUGAAAGAUCAAUGAAUGAAUAGUUCAGGUAGCUUCAACAUGUUUUGUGUGUUCUUGGCAACAAAGCUGCCUUUUGAGCAUGAAACCAUUGCACCAGCUGUCCUGUUCCUUUUGUCCUGUUCGGUUCUUCUCCUUCCUGUUGAAAGAUUGUGCACUUUGACGUAGGCGUUGGAGGAUGGGUGUGAUGUCAGGUCAAACAAUGGCCAUGUCCUCUUUGUAGCAAGCUGCGGAGAGGCUGCUCAGGAGAGGGCGUUAUAUACAUUGGCUGCACAAUUGGCCCAUUGGGCUAGGUCUACGUAGAGAAAACGAAGACUGAGAAACCCCUCCACUUCAACAUGGUUGGCCCAGUGCAAUCAACAAUGCAUGUAAAAUAGAGCGAAAAGAUAGGCGGCGUAAAUGUGAGCAGUCAGUUCUGCCUACCCUGCUGUGCCUGAUAUGAGGGCUGAUGAAAUAGUUAACGGGCUGAUGCCCAACUGCGGGCCAGAAGGCCAACGAAGGAAAGGAGACGGCGGGGAGAUGCACAGUGCGAGGCGUUGCUGGGGGCGGUUGGUGUCAACGUGGUUAUUGCUGUUGCUGUUGUGGUGAUGGUGGUGGUGGUGGUUGGUCUUGUUGUGGUUGUGGUUGUGGUUGUGAUUGUUGUUGUUGUUGUUGUUGUUGCAGGAAGACGGGGAAAGGGAAACAAAACAGCGAAGUGCAAAUAUUGCAAGGCAUCUUGGGCGGCGUAACUUGCACCAACGUCCCCUUGGAACCGGCGCGUGUACCUCCAAGAAACUAAAAACGAUGUUGAUGUGGCGCAGCGCACGGUGGGUCUGCCACAUUUGCCAAACCACUUUUGAAGAACAGUAUUCUGAUACCUUGCAGGCAAAAAGAAAAGCCAGCCGUGGCAGAACCUUGAAGAAUGCUCAAUGCCAAAUAUGUCUUUACCCAUUAAGUGUCGUUUGCUUGUUUUUUUCGGUCUGUUUUCUUCGGACCUUUUUGGCAAAAUAGUACAGCGGGGAGCGCAAAAACUGGCAAGGUGUCGAUGGUCGCAAGAUGUCGCAAGUCAGUAGCUAGCAGUCGAAGCGGAUAAGGCUGUUCUUUCCAAAUGGUCGCCCGGUUCUUGCUCCAACUGUGCUUCGGCAGGCCGAAGAAUGUUGGAGGCUCCUUUCCGCAGCUCUAGCUUGUGUGCACGAGACACAUGCUGCAGAGGUUCGAGGUAGUCUGGUUUUACGCGGUUUUCCAGCCUCGUGGUCAGAGAAGGGAUUAAAGUUUGUUUUUGCUCCUUUUGGUGGCUUGACCUCGGUCACAAUUGAGGAGGAGGAGGAGAAUGCUCAGCCAAUUUGUGUGUCUGGGGAGGUUGCUCCUUCUGGCCGCCUAGCGUAUGUGAAGUUGCGAAACAGCCAAGCCAUGGACAAGGCUGUGGCGAAUUUGCAUCAGACCAAAGUGGGUGAUGGCGACCUUGUGGAGGAAUGCAUUGUGGCUUGUCACCGAUGGCACAGCAAGUCUUGGAUCGAUGGAAGCUUCCAAGUGAGCAUUUUCAUUGAUCAGCUGGCGCUGAGCAGAAGACCACUUGAGGCUGGCCCAGGACCAGAGGACCGAGAACUAUAUGUUCGAAACUUGCCUUUGCAUGACAUGUCGCGGCAACAGCUCCAGGAGUACUUUGAGGGCUUUGGAGAAGUCGAUGACCUGCAUCUCAAUGCCGACGCCUUCUCGAUGGAGCAAGUCAACGAGGGGUACAUACGCUUCAAAGAUCAUCGAGACGCGGUGCGUUGCAUUGAAGCUCUGACCCCGACAGAUCCAGACGAGGCAGAUCCGACUGAUUUGGCAGGUUCAUGGUCCGAGUCUGAACGUGUUCUGCAGAGGAAGACCAACUGCUACAGGUUCAAUGUGGUGGCAGAGCUUGUUGGUGCAGAUGGCUCUGGUUUGGAGAGGAUCAAAGCAGAAGCGCGACUGAAGGGGCUUUGGAUAUUGGGCGAGAGCUUGCAACUCAAGGACAAGACCGCACCAAAAGCCUGUGGCAGACAGCUUCACUUUGUCGGGCGUUGCACGGAAGAAGUGAAUGUUCGGUUUUUCCGAGAUUUGCUGGAGCGAGAACUGGAGGUCAUACACCGGAAGAUUGCUUCUCGAUUGGAAAAAAGAAAGCAGAAGGAAGUUGGUGAGAAAGAGGGCCAAAGUGCUGUGAAUGGGCAGGAACGCAUGGCUGGUGCUUGGUCGCAGCCACCGUCAUUUUGGGGGAAUCCAUCUCCCAACACCAACAACUACGAUGGGUAUCAGGCUGCUUCUGCUGGUGCAGCUUGGAGUCGGCCUCCUGAUGCUGAGAGGUCAGCCGAAAUGGAAAGAAAAGGCCAAACCCGUAGACACAAACGCAAAGAUAAAAGUGAAAAGGACAGAGGACACUCAGAAGGAAAGGAGAAGCACAGCCACAGUCGGCGGAGAAGGCGCAGAAAAGAAGAGGCAUCAAAUUCGGCAUCAAACCAUUGAAAAAUGUGAUCAGGCCUAUGAUGUGAGGUGCACGGCCAAUUGUCCAAAGGAAAGGAGAAGCAUGAUGAUGGUCCAGGGAUCUACGGUGCGUUGUCGAAAGAGACGCUGCAAAGUUUGCCAGAACGGCUACUUGAGUGGUAAGUUCAAUGGCCUCCCAACAGUGCUCAAUGUAUUCUGUCUACAUAUGUAGUUUUGGAUUGUGCUUCAUCUCGAUUGGUCUUUGGUCCAUUAGUCAAUCGCCUUUUGAGCACGGUGCAGCACGGAAAUCCUUUGAUGCAUGCAACUGUUUGGUGUUUCGGCUGCAGGAAGACUGGAUCACAUCUAGAAC